CUCUCUAUCCUCCUUCUCAAAUCAACUCUCUCUGACAUUUGGGCUACAGAGCGAAGGCUCUCUUUUAGUUUUUCAUUCAUCUCACCGUCUUUUCUCAUCAUCCCUUGUUAAUCACUGGCUGCAUCCCAAGUAGGGCAUCUGAACUAAAUUCCUUUCUCUCUUCUCAUCCCUUCUCUUUCUCUCAUGCGGUGUUUGCCUCUCAUGGACUUGACAGGCAGCGUAAUAGAUUAAGACGGGUUGCAGUCAGGAAUGCUGCAGGGAGAAGAAGCUGCUGCAGUGUGUGUGUUUUGGCUUUAUGUGCGUGUUGGCCGCGACUGUCUUUGUCUGUGGCAGGAGCCUCUUAAAGGGACACCCUGUAAACCUGCAGUGGCUCAGAACAACGUCAGCUUCCACGCUUUCCUUCUCGCCUCCCCUCCUUUUCAUCCUCUGUUGCUUUCUUCAACACACUCCUAUUUCUGUCGCUUUCUCUUUACCUAUCUUUUUCACCUACUGAUUUUCACCCCCUACUCUUCCCCUCUUUCACCAUCUCUCUCUCUCACCUGGUAUUGGUCUGGUAAUCUGUGGACUAAAGCCAUGAGUCAGUGUGGGGGGGAGAGAGUGGUUGAGUCAUCAGUGUAGCGUUUAGACUAGAGGACAGCGAGUCCGUCGGCAGGGAUCUCCUCCUUUGCAACGCUUUUCAAAACGGGAGGGAAACGCACUGGCCGUGCGGGUUCGGGGGCUCUCAACAUGGCUGCAGCCUUUCAAGACUUCCAGAGGAGCGAGUCGGACCGGCUAAACGAGGUGAAGGGUCAUCUGGAGAUUGCCUUGCUGGAGAAACACUUCCUACAAGAGGAGUUGAGGAAGCUACGAGAGGAAACGAAUGUGGAGAAGAUAAAGGAAGAGCUGGAGAAAGAGAGGGGGAAGAGGCUCGACCUCGAACUGAGGAUGAACGAGGUGCUGAAAUCCAGGUUGGAAGACUCGCCGCCACAGCCUGCCCGUAAACCCCCGUCUCCGACGCCUGCUGCCAAUGGCAAAGACACCGACAAAGAGAAGCCGCCGCAGGGGGAGACCCUGUACUUGCGGGCGUGGAGGUGGCUCUACGACAGGGUGGGGGUCUACAUAGAAGACUUCCGCUUCGUCCCGGAGGAGAACACUGUGGAGGCUGAGGAACCGCUGAGCGCUAAAAGGCUAACAGAAAACAUGAGGCGACUCAAGCGAGGAGCCAGACCUGUCACUAACUUCAUGAGGAACCUCUCAGCCUUAUCCAACUGGCACUCAGUAUACACCUCAGCCAUUUCCUUCAUAAUCUACAUGAAUGCUGCGUGGCAUGGCUGGGCCAUCCCCAUGUUCCUCUUCUUGGCCAUCCUGAGGCUCUCCUUGAAUUACCUCAUUGCUAAAGGUUGGAGGAUUCAGUGGAGCAUUGUGCCGGAUAUUACGGAUCCUAUAGAGCCGUCAAAGGAUGAUUUGACUGUGUCUGAAAAGUUCCAGUUGGUGCUUGAUGUUGCACAAAAAGCCCAGAACCUUUUUGGUAAGAUGGCGGAUGUUUUGGAGAAAAUAAAGAACCUGUUCAUGUGGGUGCAACCUGAGAUCACUCAGAAGCUCUACAUCAGCCUGUGGGUUACAUUUCUCUCCUCCUGCAUACUGCCCUAUAAACUCGUGGGCUUCAUGAUUGGGCUGUAUGCAGGGAUCAAGUUCUUCAUCAUAGACUUCUUGUUUAAGAGCUGUCCCAAGCUGAGGGACAAAUAUGACACACCUCACAUCGACUGGAACAACCUACCAACUGAUCCACAGUUGAAGGAGAGGACCAACGCCACAAUGUCUCGACGGCUGUCUGGGUCUGAGAAGAUUCAGCCUGUGGUGGCUAGAGGUAGCCUAGCAACCGUCCCGUGCGGUGUAAACCUGGAUGCUGACAGCGCCAGGAUUCAUAGCACCAAGAAGGGAGCCUUUCAUGAGAUCUUCAACGUCUCAGAGAAUGAGCGCCCUCUACCAGUGUGUGAGAAUGGGUGGAGGUGCUGCCUCAUCAACAGAGACCGGAAGAUGCCAACGGACUACAUACGAAACGGCAUGCUCUAUGUUACAGAGAAUUAUCUGUGCUUCGAGAGUUCCAGUUCCAAAUCGGCCUCCUCCAAGAAGAAUAAGGUUAUUAAGCUGGUGGACAUCACAGAUAUCCAGAAGUACAAAGUGCUGUCUGUCUUACCUGGGUCAGGAAUGGGAAUCUCCAUAGCCACUCCCUCCACACAGAAGCCUCUGGUGUUCGGUGCCAUGAUCCAUCGAGACGAGGCCUUCGAGGCGAUCUUCACCCAGUACAUGAAGAUCACAACCACCUCCAGACAACCCUUGGGCAGCCCUGAGCUGUAGCCCUGAGCUGUAGCCCUGCUAUCCCCAUGGAAAGAGGCCUGGGCUGGGGUCAGGGCUGGGCCACCUACCCCUGAACCCUCCCUGGCUGGAGAAAAGACAAUUGGGGGAAGUGAUGGGACACACCUCUUCUCCUCCCUCUCUUAUUUACAGUGACUGGACAAUCUUCUUUUAUGACUGACAGGUGUCUGGUGCGCCCGUCUGUCUGGCGCGUCCGUCUGUCUGGUGCGAGUGUGUGUGUGUGUGUGGAGGUGGGACUUAUAGUCCAAUAGGGAUGGUGAACACAUUCCAACACUGUCGGAAGAAGGAUGGGGGGGUGGAGUAGAGGGGGGGGGGUCAUUAUUUUUAACACAGACAUCUCAUCAUAGGAGAAGGAGCUGGCUCUCCUGCCUGCCUGCCUGACUGCCAGCUUUCAUUCGCUUCAGAGAGACGCGCGUGUGUGUGAGCUGCCAAGACAUCGUGCGUCUCUACUCACCUGUCUUCUCUCUUUCUCGUGAAGUCCGAGUCAGUGUAACUGUUACUGCUGGUCUUGCACGGAACCGUACAAGACAGUACGCUGUACGGUAGCUAGAUGUUUGUGUCGGAAACAAAAAGCUGUGAACAUCGAGCUAACGUCGGCACAACGUUCAACAUGACAAGACGCCUUUUCCAUCAGUUUACAUCGUUGCUAUAGGUUUCCCUUGGAGACACUCGCGCACAGUUCAGCAACCAACCCGUUUGCUUUCAGAUGUCUUUUUGCAUAUGACGUGUAUGUGUUAUACAGUCAACACUCACUGCUGAACUGUACUAUGUGUCACGUACAGUAGUGGGGACCUUGGCGAUGAUGUUCAUUGUGAAAUGUUUUCAGAUGCCUUUCUUUUGAAUUCCGCUUAUUUUUGUAAUAACCAAUGGAAUGAGGAGGAACUGGACUUAGUUAAAGUAGGUCCUUCUAUCUGUGGAUUGUGUUCUGAAGCUAAAGCACGACAGACCUAAACCCUGAAUAAUGUGUCGCAACUGAAGGUACGUCGUUUAAAUGUAACAAAGCUGGUUCGGUGAACUACACUUGUGUGCCGAGUAACCCUGAGGCCUAAAGAUGAGUUAAUGCCUUGGCUUUAGCCUAGUAGGCUAACACAUUCUUAAGUACUGUAGGUCACAUCAACAUACUAAUGAUUUUUGCAGUCGCUCAAGGCCCAGUACCUGUUACUUCAGUAUUUAGUGACAUGUUAUGGUAUAGUAAUACUACGGUAGUUUUUACAGUAAUACCACUAAUACCGACCUGUAGUAUUAACACUGGAGUGGUCAGAUGUGUACAAUGUGCUGUCCUAUUUCAGAAGUAAUUUAACUUGGUUAACUUGACUAGUAACUAGUUAAUUCCGUCCAGGAGUUGUCAGUAUUCCAAUGCAAGUCGAGGCAGUCAACUGGCCUGGUUCUGUAGUAUUCAUUCACAGCAGGAUGAAGAAGAGGUUUGAACAGAAUAUUUCCAAUGUCACUUUAUUAUUGUCACAGUUGUGGAUUUAAAAGCUGGUCUUUUAUUCCUCAAGAUAGGUUUGAUAUGUCGAAUUGUGAUGAAUGCCAAACCAAGUGGAUGUGGACACUCUGUGUUUUUUGUAAAAUGUCCGGAAGAGUUAUUGUGGAGAUCGGGGCUUAUUUCUGGUCUAUCGUUUGCUUCAAAUGAGAGGGUAGAUUAUACUAUGCUCUCAGAUCCUUUUGCCUCAGCACAACAAGCUAGUCCCCUAAAAAAGCAUUCAUCUUCCCACACUGUUAACAAGCCCGUAUAAACUGUGUCAGUUGUUGUCUUAUGACUGGAAACGAAAUGUCAUUUCUAUAGGUUGUCUAUUGUCUAAGGAACUCAUGCUGUUAGUGUGUUUGAUUGAAUGAUUGUCUGACUUUACGUUAGUGUAGUCUUAAUGCUUACCUGCAGCCUUUCUUAGUCGAGUGGUAACUAACUUUGAAAUCUGCAAUCAGGGUCUGUCCUAAAAGAAGCACACAGAAUGUAUUGUGUUACUGCUGUAAACUCCUAGUUUAUUUCUUGUUGAUGUUGCCAAAAUGUUAUUUUUUUCUCUCUUUCUUUUACUGCUGCCAUGCUCUGCCUACACCUACAUGUUUACUGAAGGUUGGGUUACAAACCUGAAUGAAUUUCUCGUUUUUCUUUUUGUUUGGAAUGCCGGUUUGAGCUCCUUGUCACAGGUGGAGUUAUGAAGACUGGGGAGAUAUCUUCCUCUUGCGUUUUGAAUUACUGUGUCGACUGUCAGCUUUUUAAAUCUGCUCAGACUGGUCUCAGGACAACCUCUGCUGCUCACCUUCAUCCCAACAGCAAAUGUAACCCUGAUCCCUGAUCUGUUUGUAAUACUAUAAUAGCUCAAGCUAAAGUUUAGCUCUUCUGUUGAGUGAGUUGUCAUAGCAUAUACUGUACAUGUACUGAGUAGCAUGGUGAUGAGUUGGAUCGAGCAUAUAGUGACAGACCCCGGGACCAGGCUAACAGUAGGUAGACGGUGACAUCCGAGAACAUUCUAGUCAGAUUAUAUUCACGCUGCAAAAAAAAAAUAAAAUUGUCACAGUGAUCGUUCAUAGGUAGUGCAGUACAUGGUCACAAUCACGAUAAUCUUUUUAGCCGUUUUUUGGAUCACUCACAGGCCUUCCUUAGACAGCAGAGGUCAGCAUGGUGACGGAGAGCUGCCGUUCACCGGUUUCUACUCUGGUUUCUAUUGAUCUCCUUCUGCGCGUCUCUCAUUGUGUUAACCAAGUAUUAGUUCUAACUAAAUGUAAACGUUAGUCAAUUACUUCAUGAUAUUCCCAUACAGUAUAUCACUGCGAAGUUCAAUAUACUGCAAUCAUCUGACAGUUGUGGGUAAUUAUGUCAUCUGUGUGUCCAAGGACUAAAAUGACGAAAGAGGAAUUUCUAUACAAUAACGUAAUCCUUUGCGUUUUUAAAGAAGACAAUGUCUAUUGUAAAAUAUGUGAUGUACAUUUUUUUUAUUUAAAUAAAAUGAAGUAUUUCCCA